CACAGACGACAAAUACAAAUGUAGGUUGAGAAUGAGAUCUAUAAAAAUAAAAUUUAAAACUUUACAAGUUCUGAAAAUUUAAAGAUGAAUUAAAAUUUAUGGGAAAUUAAAGUUGUUUAUUAAUUUAAUUUACUUUAUUAGUUUAUUUAUUGUAAAGUAGGUACAGUUUAUAAAUGUUUGUAUUGAUUCUGAGUUAUGUCUAGAAUAAGGGGAAUAGAAGCUAGAUUAUUAAAACUGCAAAAUAAUGAGCAACAAGAUUUGGACGGAGGAAAUAAAAAAUAUGACGAAAACAAGGAGAAAAACGUUGAAACAUUCGACUACAAGUUGGACGUAGAAAACGAGCAAAUGCAGGAGUUGCUGCACAAAUUGCCUAAACUUGGCAAAAUUUUUGAUGUGCACAAGAAGAUAGGUGAAGGCACAUUUAGUACUGUGUACUUGGGCUCACUGAAGAUGGACGCCGCCUUGCCCGAGGAGCACAAGCGAUGGUUCGCCAUCAAGCACCUGGUGCCCACCGCACACCCCGCCCGAAUAGAGCACGAGCUGAGGUGUCUGCAGGACAUGGGAGGGAAGCACAAUGUGAUUGGUGUGGAGCUGUGCCUCCGUAACUUGGACACAAUAGUGUUUGUGAUGCCUUAUAUACCUCAUAGGAAAUUUUCUGAAUAUGUCGGAGACAUGGAUGCAGAAGAGGUUCGGCAGUACAUGACUGCUCUGCUGGUGGCGUUGAGACAUGUGCAUUCAUUCGGAGUCAUCCACCGGGACAUCAAACCCAGCAACUUCCUUUACGAUAGAGAGAAUAGGAGAUAUUUGUUAGUGGACUUCGGCCUGGCGCAGCGCACCACGAGCGAGCCGCCGCCCGCCGACGCGCCGCGCAAGCGGGCCCGGGAUGAGGACGAGCCCGCGCACGACGCGAAGCGGAUGGCGCUGGACCUGUCGCUGCGCGCGCGCGGCGUCGACACCGUCGCGCCGGUUGUGCCGCGCCGGACCAUCCUGCCCAAGGUGCAAAUACCAAAACAGAAUAUUCCGAAGAGCGCGCCGGGCGAGUGGCCGCCGGGCGCCGGGCGCUGCGCGUGCGCGGGCGCGGGCGGCGUGUGCAGCGCGUGCGCCGCGCGCCCCGCCGCCCGCGCGCCGCGCGCCGGCACGCAGGGCUUCCGCCCGCCCGAGGUGCUGCUGAAGAGCCCGCGCCAGGGCACGCGCGUGGACACGUGGGCGGCGGGCGUGGUGCUGGCCAGCCUGCUGACGGCGCGCUACCCCUUUUUCCGCGCCGCCGACGACGUGUCCGCGCUGGCCGAGCUGGCCGACCUGCUGGGCACCGAGCCGCUGCGCCGCACCGCGCACGCGCUCGGGCGUCGCAUCGUGACGUCGUCGCGGCGCCGCGGGCUCUGCCUGCGCAAACUGGCUGCGCGCCUGCGCUCGCCCGCGCCCGCCUGCGCGCCCGCCGCCGCGCUCGCCUGCGCGCACUGCCGCGUGCCCGCGCACCAGUGCCUGUGCAGGGACGACACUCGCCCGGCGGACGUAAUAGACAACUCAGUGAGUAUAGCAGGUUUUCCUGACUCGGCCUUCGCCCUGGCGGCCAAGCUUUUGGAGCCGCUGCCCAGCGAGCGCUACUCCGCCCAGCGCGCCCUGGAGCACCCCUUCCUGGCCGCGCCGGGAGCACCCAGCGCGGUCACUAACGAAUAGCAUGAGCUAGCGAGCAAACUCAAUGUAAGUUGUGUCCGCAGACUUACUUGUACGAUCUUACGCACACUUUAUUUCAUGUUAUACUUAACUUACGGCCUUUUGAAAAGUCGUAUUUAUUUUUUUUCCAAAUAUCAUAUACUUUCUGCCCUGCUCCCUUGUAACUUUCUUCCUUUUAAUAUUCGUAAUUUAGGAGUUGAGCAUCGUUGUUCAUAACUACAUAAUUUUUGUCAUAUAUACAAGUAUCUAUUACAACAAUGAGUUUAUGGGAGCAGUUGGCUUCGUGAGAAUAUCUUGAGAAUCUAUUUUUUACUACCCAUACACUGUAAACUUUGCUAGCAGAAUUAAUUUAGGAAUACUUAUUUAUGAAAUGACAGACUAAAUAAGUAUUAUUUAUAUCUACAUGUAUGGGAAUCGGUGCAGCUUUUGUGGUGUGACUACGAAAAUGAGAAUGUCUUUAAUUUAGUGUGGAGGAUGCCUGUCUGCUGUAUGCUCAAUAGUUCACUGUGACAUGGUGCUACUGUGCCACAACCACUCAUGGAUCACAACACAUCCACUUUACUUAUUUGUGGUUUGUGUAAAUACAGCAUUCCCAAAGCAGUGAACUACACAGUCAAGUGCAAAUACGACUUUUCAGGGCAUAGCUCAUGUUGGACACUGGUUAUUGGUGUUUAUAUAAUACAAAAAUAUUCCAAAUGCCUCACUGAUAAGUUUGUACAGGAGGCUUUGUUGCAUUGUAACUUUUAAUUUCAUUUUGUAUGAAAUGUAGCUAUUUUGUUGUAGUUAUUGUUAUUAACAGUUAUUUAGUCAGUAAACUGGAUCUCAGAGCUUAAUAUAAGUUUAUAGUACAAAAUGGGUGGUCACAUUGUGAGGAUCACUGCCUGUCUCUGUGCCUUAGUGUGUGUUCACUAGACCUAGACAAUUGUUACCUCGUUGUUUCUAUUCUCUUGAAUAAAUGUUGCUUCCAAAAAACCGUUUUCUUUACAUCUCACUAGCGGUAGCCAGUUUCAUCUGUGUAGUUUCCGUUUCAAGGCAUACAUAUUAUUAUAGCCUGUGUAACUCGCUCAAGAUGUUGCUUAUCAUUGGUGAAAGACACUUUAAUAUCAGUUUAGUGGUUUAUGCGUGAAAAUAACUAACAAAACAAUAUUUUAGGAGAUAAGUACUAUACAUACUGACUAACAUCACUGUCCAUCAGAAACUCAAAGUUAAGAAUUGCAUAUUAUUGCAACAACUAGCGGACGCCCGCGACUUCGUCCGCGUAAAUUUCGAUGUCAACUUUACUACUGCCCCUACCCUACCCUACCCCUAACCUACCACUACCCCAACCCUACCCUACCCAACCCCUACAUCUACCCUACCCCUACCCUACCCUGCCUUACCCCUACCUCCACCCUACCCCUACCCUACCCCAAACCUACCCCUACCUUACCUACACCCUACCCCCUUCCUACCCCUACCCUCCCCGUACCCUAUCCCUUUCUUACCCCUAUCUCACGCCUAUCCUACCCCUACCCUACCUCUACCCCUACCCUACCACUACCCUAAACCCGGCCCUAAACCUACCCUACCCCUACACUACCCCUACGCUUCCCUACCCGUACCCUACCCUACCCUGUAACUUCUCUAUCUGACUCCUACCCUUAGCAAAAUCGGUCCAGUCCUUCGAGAGUGGUGGUAUGACCAAGAGAAAUAGAGACUUCUAUGCUAAUAUAAGAGGUAAAGUCCGUGUGGUUGUACGAGGUAAUCUCUGGAUCUACUGGACCGAUUUGGAAAAUUGUUUUACCAAUAGAAAGCUACGUUAUUUGCGAGUGUCAUAGGCUAUGUUUGAUCCCCAUAUUCACACGGAAACGGCAACUACGUAAAUGAAAGCGCCGCGCGUCAUAUAGCGGAAUUUCUGCGUCUUUUAGAAAUUUUGUAUUAUCUCCGAAACUAUUUAAGUAAUUAACAUACUGUAAAGGGCAAAUCUUAUCUCCAUAAUAUCCUUGUGAUUAUUAAAUAAUUUAUUUUAAUAAGGAUUAAAGUUUAGUUGUAUAAAUAAUGACGUAAACCUAAGUAUAUAAAAUUAAUAAUUUUUAAAACACAAAAGGUACUAUAUCUGCUAAUAUAUAGAAGAUAGAUAUAUGGUGUCGCGGACUUUUUAGUAGAACUUUUAAAGAUAAAUAAAGUCUCCAUACAUUAAUUUAAAUUUUACACAAUAGUUAAGGCAGCGCAUGCGAAUAAGUCUGUUUAAGAGGAUUUUCGGUCCGACCUGUAUGACAAAAACUGUGAUAACUCGGCUAAUAUAUAUGAUACCUAUAUGAAAUAUAGCCUAUAGCACUCCCUGAUAAUGUAGCAUUCUACUGGUGAAAGAAUUUUUAAAAUCGGACCAGUAGUUCCGAAGAUUACCCCAUUUAAAAAAUGUGACAAACUUACAAACUUUACCUCUUUAUAAUAUUAGUAUAGAUUGAGGUUAAGUUGAGGUAUAAAUAAUGAAGAACUGUGUACUACAUAGUAAAAAUUUAUUGUUUUAUAAAAAUAUUACUAAUUCAUAAGCAGUCUCUGCAUCAUCGGUUGUUACCUGUUCUAUGAGUUCAACUGCUUCAGUUGUGGCAAGUGUAGUAGGAACACAGGUGACUAACUGAUUACAUAUUUUUUACUAUUUAUAUUUUCCGCUCAUUAGCAUGUUUUAAGAGGUGCUCUAGAGGUGCAGGCGACUCGUCAGACAAGUUGUAACUAUCAGUAUAACAUCAAACGGGAAUGAGACGCUGCAAGCGCAAGCUGAGCGGACCUUUUACUGAUUAGGCGAAACACUUUUUGGAACAAGCUAUGGAUAAUGACAAACUAAAAUGAUACAAAGUGAGCGAAUCCAGUUGACUGUUACCUGCUAGAGCUGUCGCGUUUUAACACAGAGUGAAGAGAAUAUAGUGACUGUUGUAUAUGAGAAUAUUGACUAUUUUUAUUUAUUUAUUAAUAUAAUAUUUAUUUAUUAUUAUAUAAAUUUAACUGCUGAACUUAAUCAAAUGAGCGAGUCAGUUUUUAAACUACUAGCUUAAAACGAAACACUAUGUAGGCGGGUCUGGCGAGUUUUUACCACAUAUUUUCAUUUCUGUGCCCUGCUUGCCUCUUUCUACAGAACAUCGUUACCUACCCACUACAAUCGCCUUUACCAGUUACACAGACUGUAACCGCUCCGCUCCACUCCCUACAGUUGAUCAAAAUCUUUGCAAUUCUUUUAUCUGCAAGUCCUUUCUGCAAGACUAUCCGUAUAACCGUUACAGAGUAUUUAAGCUAUUUUUUUCGCUUGCAUUAAAAUUAGCUAUAAACAUUUGU